AUGCUCGCUCACCUAGUCACUGCGGCUAAGGGUCUAUUUACACGACCGGAGUCCCAAGGAAAUCUCUCAGAUCCUGCUGGCGCCUCCGAAACCACAUCCGAAAUGGUGACCUCCACUCGACGAGUGACUGCUGCGGCGAAAGAUGCCUCCAAGUCUCCCAAGGCCAAUGGUGCCGCGAAGCAAGGAAAGCGCAAGGCACCGACAGAUGAGCAGCAAACCAAGCGGCAAAAGCGGAGCAGCCCCGAGAUUGCGGACAGCGACGAUGAGGAUACCAGUUCUUCUAAGACUGAGGAGAACAAUGCAACCUUAUCUGAGCCUAAGGCUCAUUUUCGAUUUGGCAGCGAGGAACCCGCCGUACCGGAGACGCAGCCUGAACAAAUUCUCGAAGCACCCAACCAGGAUGAGGAAGACGACAGCAGCGACGAUGAUGAUGCACCCGAGACAAUCGACAAUUCUGCUCAGCUCCUACAAAUGAAGGAGAGAGCGAAGAAGCAAGAAAAAUUGAAGCAAUUAGAGGAACAAGUAAAGAAGGAAAAGCGGAGAAAACUUGACGCACGUCGGAAGUUGCAGGCCAACUUAAAGUCUAAGGAGGUCUCUCUUAGCGACGAUUUACUUUCCGAAAGCACAGCCACCCUCCAGGGCUCAAUCACACAGGACUCUCGCCGGAGUGCUCUGCCUGCAUUGCUUCCCGAUGACAUUUUGAAUGCCGCGCCUGCCCCCCGAGGCCUGACUCCACCAGCAGAAGACUCAUUUGUGCCAAAGAAAUCGAAUAAGUUGAGAUUCUUGGACAAGACGGAGAAGGCACCCAAGGAUGUGCGGGUCGGCGAUAUUACCAUUCGAGUUCUUGAUGCGCCGUCUGCAAAGCGAAAGUCGACAACGAGACUGGCACCGAAGGCUUCUAAGACUGGACUAAGCGUCAAGGAUACCUGGUUGAAAGGACAGCGAAGUGUCGGACAUGUCAACGGACUGCGCAGAACAGCAGGUGGUUCCUCAGGAUUUGUUCGCGGGUAA